AGUGAAGAUUCAUUGCAAGACCUUUAAACACGGAGGGAAAACGUUGCAUUAUAGGCGAUUGUUAGAAUUUUGCUGGCUUUAAAAUAGAAAAAAAAAACAUGUCUGAGAUUUUGCGGGAUUCGAGCUAUGAACAAUGUGCUGCUGUUAAUAAGAUUACACAGGAUGAAUCCCAUCCGGACUAUGUUGAACUAUCAAAUUCUACGUAUGACAAAAUACCAGAUCACCAUUUUAAUGGACAGAAUUCUGCUAAGCUGAAUGGAUCGCAACACGAAUAUACGACACCGCUGGAUUUUCGGGACUAUAGUCUACAGGAUUCAUUGGAUUAUGAAAAACCUAUACAAGUUGUUCGCCCAUUGAGUCAGUUGCAACCACAGAGACAACAAAAUAAUUAUGUACCCGAACUUCCCAGAAACCACUCACAAGAUAUCCACGGAAAAAGUUUGCCACAUUUACAGGAACGAAAUAGAAUACAAGAUACAACGCAACGUCAUCAAUUGGAAACCAAAUUGCCUACCAACUUCUCUAAAAGACGCAAACGCCCUUUCAUUGUCGCAGUGCUAGUUCUGACAAUAAUAAUAAUAGCAAGUGGUGUAGCAACCUUCUUGGUUUUUCACUUCAAGGAGCAAGACAAAAGCAACACUGAUGGCCAACAGCAGGAUACAACAGGAGAGACAACAUCGACGAGUCUACCAAUGUCAGGUCGCACUUCAACCACUAUGACAACUAAGACUGCAUUCGUAUCAUCUUCGGUUAUCGCAUCCACACUUGCCCAAACGAUGGCACCUACAACAGUUGCCAAAACAGAAGUUGUUACAGCAUCAACCGCACCAACAACUGUUGUUCCCACCACAUUUAUUACAACAACAUUAAGCCCAACAACCAGAACCGUUGCACAAACGGCAAAUCCAUCUUCAACAGCCUCCCCGACAGGUAUGUUCAAGGAUUGUAAAGAGCUGAAGUUAAAUGGCUACAGCAAUAAUGGCGUUUACUCUAUAUACCCAUACCUUCCGGUAACAACGUCAGUCAGAGUUUACUGUGAUAUGACGACGGAUGGCGGUGGAUGGACGGUUUUUCAGCACAGAAGAGACGGAUCUGUAAACUUUUAUCUUCUUUGGGACAAUUACAAAAAAGGAUUUGGAGAGCCAAACGGAGAGUACUGGCUUGGAAACGAUCAUCUUCACCAGCUGACAUCUUUGGGAACUUCAGAUUUUUACGUACGUCUCGAGAAAUUCACUGGGGGAUGGGCGUAUGCAAAAUAUAACAACUUCACUGUAGCUGACGAAUCAGAUGGAUACAGAAUGAGAUUGAAAGUCGGAUCUUAUCGAGGAAAUGCAGGAGAUUCCAUUGAAAGCCAUGGGACUACCAAUACAAAUGGCUACAAGUUCAGCACAUCCGAUAUAGAUAACGAUUUUGCUCCCGCAAGCUGCGCCUUCGCACGUCAAGGGGCAUGGUGGCAUAACGUCUGUACGUGGGCAAACCUGAAUGGUAUCUAUGGAAACGGAAGUUGUAUAGUCAGUGGGAAUUGUAACUUUUGGUAUUCGCUGACCAACAGCUAUAGUGGAGUCAGGACGUCCUUUAUGAUGGUUCGACGUGCAUUUAAACAGGCGGAGAAAAGUUUGUUGUGUUUUAAUGUAACAAAUAUGUCUGAGAUUUCAAGAGAUUCGAGUUAUGAAAAAGUUGAAGCUGUAGAGGAAACAAAUGAGUAUGAGCGGCAUCCGGAUUAUGUAGAUCUAUCAGAUUCUACUUAUGAUAGGAUACCGGAUCAACACUUUGAUGGGCAAGAUUAUGUUGAGCUGAAAAAUUCGUAUAAUGAAUAUACGACACCUUCGGAUGUUCAGGAUUAUAACCUAAAGGAUUCCUUGCAAUAUGAAAAACCUAUACAAGUUGUUUGUCCAUUCAGCCAGUUACAACCACCAAAACAACCAAAUAAUUUUGUACCCGAACUCUUUAAAAAUGGAACACAAUAUCUACAUGAAAUCAGUGUGGAACACACCCAUGUACACAAUGAAAAACAGAAUACUUACCAGACUCUUGAAGUGGACAACACAGUUCUAAGCAGCAAUGAAAGGCACUCUAACAAAAGCAAACGACCUUGUAUUGUUGGGGUGGCGUUGCUUUUGACAAUAUUGAUAGCAAGCGGCAUGGCAAUAUUCUUAGUUUUCCACUUCAAGGAACAAGAAAACAAAUCGACGAUGUCAACAACGUCAUUUUUCACUUCUACCAUCAUGACAACUAUGGCAUCUUCUGUAUUAUCGUCGGUUACUACAACAUCACUUGCCCAAAGUACACCUAUCUCCCAAACGAUUGCGCCUACAACACUCUCCAAAACAGAAGCUGUUAAUACAUCAACCACAACAACAACUGUUAUCCCCACCACGGUUAUUACAACAACACUGAACUUAACUACCACAACAGUUAUACAAACGGCAAAUCCAGUAACAACUGUCCCCACCACGGAGCUUUCAACAACACCAAGCCCAGUUACUAAAACAGUUAUACAAACGACAAAUCCAGCAUCGACUAUUUCAUCAGCAGGUGUGUACAAGGACUGUCAAGAGCUUAAGAUAAAUGGCUAUAGAAACGAUGGAGUGUACACAAUAUAUCCAUAUCUUUCGAUACAAUCACCAGUCAUAGUUUACUGUGAUAUGACCACAGAUAACGGUGGAUGGACGGUUUUUCAACACAGAAGAGACGGAUCUGUAGAAUUUUAUCUUCUCUGGGACGAUUACAAAAAAGGAUUUGGGGACCCAAACGGAGAGUACUGGCUUGGAAACGAUCAUCUUCACCAAUUGACUUCAUUAGGAACUUCAGAUUUGUACGUGCGUCUCGAAAAAUUCACUGGCGGAUGGGCCUAUGCAAGAUAUAACAAUUUCACUGUAGCUGACGAAUCAUAUGGUUACAGAAUGAGAUUGAAAGCCAGGUCAUAUCAAGGAAAUGCAGGAGAUUCAAUUGAAAGUCAUGGAACUACCAAUACAAAUGGCUACAAGUUCAGCACAUCCGAUAUAGAUAACGAUUUUGCUCCCGCAAGCUGCGCCGUCGCACGUCAAGGAGCAUGGUGGCAUAACGUCUGUACGUGGGUAAAUCUGAAUGGACGUUAUGGAAACGGAAGUUGUAUAGUCAGUGAGAAUUGUAACUUCUGGUAUUCGCUGACUAACAGCUAUAGUGGAGUUAAGACGUCAUUCAUGAUGGUUCGGCGUGUUUGAUGAUGCCUUCGAAUUGUGUUUGAACGUUUAUAUAAUUAUGUUUAUAGACAAUAAAUAUAAGAAUGCUCGCAAUGUUUUAUUCGAUACAGAGUUGUAACAUGUAUCGAAGUGAAUAUAAUAUCGCUAACAAACACGUAUCGUUUUUUAUCAAUUUUAUUUGAUUCUUUACUAGCUAUAAAGUUUAAUUAGAAUAAUAAUCAGAAAGUGCAAACGGGCAACAUGACUUUUGUACUUCUAAGUAGUUGGACUUUAAUAAUCCCAUAAAAUAUGCAAUUUAUGCUAAUAUCAUCACGAAUACGUUUAAAUAUUUAUGAACAUAUUACUAUGACAUUGUACGGAUGAUGGAACAACAUGGACACAGCUUCGACGUGAAUGUGCAUGUAUAUGAAAUGGUAUAAUGUGCAAAAUAAUAUAACGUUUUAAUUUUUUGUGUAUAAGAAGACCAAAACACAGUUUACAUGUAUAACAACGCUUUAAAGGGACUUGUACACGAUUUGAGAUAAAAAAAAAAAAAAACUUUAUUUUUUAUGUAUAAAAUGAUUUACUGGUGUAUUGAUUUAAAUGAUCGACUCGACCAAAAUAUGGAAUGUUUAUGUCAAGUUACAAGCGAAAUACAGAGGUAAGAAUUGGUUGUUAUGUAAACAAAGCUCGAGUCUUAUAGUUGUUUACAAAAUAUUUAAUGUAGAGAUUAACUAUUUCUUGGAAAAAUGACAUGUAAAAAAAAAUUAAAACUAAUUGAAUAUCUUCAUGAAUACAAUUAUCAGCAAAAGAAAGAUACAUCUGACUUAAACUUACACUAAUACGACACAUAUGUAAAAAUAACAAUCUUCGAGCUUUGUUUACAAAACAAAGAAGCGUGAAAUCUUUAUCUUGCUUAUAACUUUAUAAUUAUUUGACUUUCAAAUUUUGAUAUAGCAUUAAAAACUUCUAUAUUUAUCAGUAUAUGCAUUGAAAAUGGAAAAAAAAAUGAAAUUUUUUUUCAAAUCGUGUCAAAGCCCCUUUAAGCCUUUGGUAAGUUGUUUGCCGAAGAACCUAAUUAUCAAAUUUAUCGAAUGUGCAAUUACGUAUUUACAACAGGUUCUUUGUUUUAAGAAAAAGAUAAUUCAUUUUAGCUAGCUAGCAUAUCGCAUCAUAAAUGAUUUUUUCUAUACAAUUGUAUUUGUGUUUGUCAGAUGAAUAUACAUCAGAUUGAAAAAAAAAAUCAAGUUGUUUUACAUUUACAUUAACUAUUGUGAGUUUAAAUUUUAAGAAAAAAAAAUGAUCACACUAACAAUCGUUUUGUCAUCUCGAAAGUUCUAAAUAUUUA